AAAUGUAAAAACUUACGCUUUAUGGGCGUAUACAUUAAAAACAACGAAACAAGCUCAGCCUUCUAUAGAUUCUGAGUAUCGGGAUACAUUUUCUCAUUAUAGGGGCAACAUCCAUCAUAUUAAAAACAUAUAUUUUGUUAUAUUCUUGUGAACAGUUGCUAAAGAACAGACGUUUAUUUGUAGCCAAAAUGUUCAUCAAGAUAGUCACGAUCUUGGUCAUCGCAUCGUCAGCUGUGAUGCUGCCGGUCCUACCGGGCUGCCAAGCCGGAGGGUGUGGGUGUCCUCCUCUGUGGACAGCCUUCCAGAAUAACUGCUACAGGUAUUUCUCGGUGAAAAACAUUACUUGGCUUGGAGCUGAGAUGCACUGCUCUGGUUUCUCCGUUCCUUGUUCUGAUGUUGACUCUACCAUCAGCCUUGGACAUCUCACUUCUAUCCAUUCGAAAGAAGAGAUGACCUUCCUUUCAGUGCUUUAUGAAAGCAUCCGCAGUAAAGUGGUUACAUCCACUACCUAUGUAUGGAUCGGUCUGCAUGACAAGACUACGGAAGCCAGCUGGGAAUGGAGUGACGGCUCGAGUCAAGACUAUGAGAUAUGGGCGAGUGGACAGCCUAACAACUAUGGUGGAAACCAGGACUGCACCGUGUUCAGUUCGACUUCAGAAUAUAAGUGGAAUGAUUUCGCUUGUGAUUCUGACGGUGACAGUCCACACCAUGCGACAGCUUAUGUGUGUAAACUACCACAGUGGUAAUGCGUGUAAACAUCCACGGUGGUAAUGUGUGUAAAUUACCACAAAUUGAAAUUGAAAUUAACAUUGAAAUUAAGUAUAUAUCGUCCAUUCUGAAACUUCUUUUUCAUUGGUAAAAGUUUACAGAGAUCAAUUUACUAAAAGAAAUACUCAUAAUCAUAAACAGUUACAGUAAAGGUAAACUAAAUUCAUAACAGCUUUAAUUGGGUAAGUUACAUGAAGUAAGUUUCGUAUGAUGAGGAUGCCGUCAGAGCAAGAUAGUUGAAGAGGACCAAAGGUAGGUCUAGACAGAGAAUAUGGGUAGAGCAGUGAAGAAAAGAUAGAUAGAAAAAGAGAUCGUAGAUGAUAAUAAAAAAGGAAAAGGAUAAAUGGAUAUAUGGAUAUUAUGUGGAUAUAAAAUUAUGUGUAAAUUACUACAGUGGCAAUGUACGUCAUCUACAACAAUGUAGAAAUGUUUUAAGCACUACAGUGGUAAAAGUGUGUAAACGAUCACAAUGUUAAAGGUAAAGACCAGUUUUGGAAACGCCCCAAUUUCAAAAAAUGAAAUGGAAGCUCUCAUUACCA